AGCCGUACAGCUGUGCUCCGUGGCUAGCGGAGAAGCUAACAGGCUAUCCUUAGCGGUGAAAAUAUCAGGACCCGUGGACUAAAGAAGACACCUCGAAACCUACUUUGAGACUUUCAAUCCAUAAUGGGGAAAGGUGGAGGUACAUUUGAAAGGCUCCUGGAUAAAGCCACCAGUCAGCUGCUCCUGGAGACUGACUGGGAAUCCAUUCUGCAGAUCUGUGAUCUCAUUCGACAGGGAGACGCACAGGCUAAAUAUGCCAUCGGGGCCAUUAAGAAGAAGCUUAAUGACAAAAACCCCCAUGUGGCUCUUUAUGCACUUGAGGUGCUGGAGUCAGUGGUGAAGAACUGUGGCCAGACGGUCCACGAUGAAGUGGCGUGUAAACAAACGAUGGAGGAACUGAAGGAUCUUCUUAAGACGGAACCAAAUGUCAGAAACAAGAUUCUCUACCUGAUCCAGGCGUGGGCUCAUGCCUUCCGAAAUGAACCCAAGUACAAGGUGGUCCAGGACACUUACCAGAUCAUGAAAGUGGAAGGUCAUGUAUUCCCCGAAUUCAAGGAGAGUGAUGCAAUGUUUGCAGCUGAGAGGGCUCCAGACUGGGUCGAUGCAGAGGAGUGCCACCGGUGCAGAGUCCAGUUUGGGGUUAUGACAAGAAAGCACCACUGUCGAGCCUGUGGCCAGAUUUUCUGUGGAAAGUGUUCUUCUAAGUACUCCACUAUUCCCAAGUUUGGCAUAGAGAAGGAAGUGCGUGUGUGUGAGCCCUGCUUUGAGCUGCUUAACAACCACCCCUCCCUUUCUCCUCCACUUAGGAAAGCUGAAGGGAAAGCCCCCGCCGCAGGCCCCGCUGAGCUGCCUCCUGAGUACCUGACCAGCCCGCUGUCCCAACAGUCCCAGGUGAUUAUGCCCCCGAAGAGAGAUGAGGCCGCGCUGCAGGAGGAGGAGGAGCUGCAGCUGGCCAUUGCCCUCUCCCAAAGUGAGGCUGAGGAGAAAGAGCGGAUGAGGCACAAAAACUCGUAUGCCAUGUAUCCCAAAACUGAUCCCACCCCAGUGACUUCCUCUGCACCACCAGUCAGCACCCUUUACACUCCCCCUGUGAACUCUUCUGCCCCAUCAGCUGAAGAUGUAGACCCUGAGCUGGCACGGUACCUGAACAGAACAUACUGGGAGAAGAAACAGGAAGAGGCUCGUAAGAGUCCGACCCCCUCAGCCCCUGCCCCGGUGCCAUUGGCUGAGCCCCUUCCUCCAAUCAGCCAGCCUGCGGAGAGCCAUGUCCCCGUUCAGCCAGUUAACAUAGUGGAGCAGCAGUACCAGAACGGGGAGUCAGAGGAGAACCACGAGCAGUUUCUGAAGGCUCUGCAGAAUGCUGUCACCACCUUCCUGAACCGCAUGAAGAGCAACCACAUGCGUGGGCGCAGCAUCACCAAUGACAGUGCUGUGCUCUCACUCUUCCAGUCCAUCAACAACAUGCAUCCACAGCUGUUGGACAUCCUCAACCAACUAGAUGAGAAACGACUGUACUACGAGGGGCUGCAGGACAAGCUCGCCCAGGUGAGGGAUGCUCGCGCUGCUCUUAACGCCCUUCGGGAUGAGCAUAGAGAGAAGCUGCGUCGUGCUGCGGAGGAAGCAGAGAGACAGAGGCACAUCCAGCUGGCACAGAAACUGGGGAUCAUGAGGCAGAAGAAACAGGAGUACUUGGAAAUGCAAAGACAACUGGCCAUCCAGCGCCUCCAGGAGCAGGAGAAGGAGAGGCAGAUGCGUCUCGAGCAGCAGAAGCACACAAUCCAGAUGAGAGCUCAAUUGCCUGCUUUCUCCCUACCUUAUGCUCAGAUGCAGUCUUUGCCCCCAAAUGUGGCUGGAGGGGUGGUGUACCAGCCUGGUGCUCCACCCAGCUACCCAGGCACCUUUAGUCCAGCUGGGUCUGUGGAGGGUUCACCUAUGCACAACAUCUAUAUGAACCAGCAGGGUCAGACUGCACCACCACAGUACCAGGCCAUGCCUCCCACAGAUCCCAAUAUGGUCAAUGCGUACAUGUACCAGCCUGCAGGCACCAAUGGGCAGCCCGCUCCUCCUCCUGGUCAGGCCCCGCCUAAUACCAGUCCACCUUACUCCAAUUAUCAGCCCACACCCACACAAGGCUACCAGAACGCGGUCUCUCAGGCGCAGAGUAUGCCCCCCAUGACCCAGGCUGCCCCCACUAAUGGAAUGGGCUACAUGGGCUACCAGCCGUACACCAUGCAGAACAUGAUCUCAGCAUUGCCGGGUCAGGAUCCCAAUAUGCCUCCCCAACAGCCAUACAUGCCAGGCCAGCAGCCCAUGUACCAACAGAUGGCUCCCCCUGGUGGUCCACAGCCGCAGCAGCAACAGCAGCAAGCGCCUCAGGCUGUGCCGGGCAGUGCAGAGGCACAGCUCAUCUCCUUCGACUGAGAGCCCACACGCUGCGGGUUCUGACACUACACCCUUUCUCCUCCUUUGGUCUUUCCCCCUCACCCUCUGGACUUUGACAAUGCCCUCUGAAAACAAACACACUCCUAAACACACACACACACACACACACCUGCACCUUCCACCUGACUGUGAUGUUGUGACAAUGUAAUUAUUGUGAUGAUGUUGCAGAUCUGUGUCUCUCCUUGCAUCUCCCCCCUCGCUGAAGCGCGCGAAAGCAGGGGAUGAAACGGCAAGAGAGAGAGAGGGCACCAAAACCCAGACCCCUCCACCCUGUCCCUCUCCUCUUUCCAGCUCAUAUGUAUGUAGUAUUUCCUUAUUAAAUGAGUAACCGAAGAUCAGAAAUAGUCAGUGGUAAUACAGUUAUAAAAGAAUAAUAAAAUAUGAUGAUUAUUGAGAAAAAGACAACACUUAACCAUCCUUGGUCUCAUAUUUUUGUAAAGCAGAAUUUGCAUGUUAAAUUUUAAUUCUGUUCUGGAAUGGAAGCAGAGAGACGUCUGUGUGUGCUGUGAAAGGAUGCAGAUUGUGAUGAGAGAGGGAUGUCUAGGUAGAGAGAGAGCACAGUGAAAGGCCUGAGAUACAAGGCCUUAAGUCACAUCUUCAAACAAGUUCACAGCUUGCCGUUCCAGGUGUAGUUCUUUGGUUCCAUCUCUUCUCAUGCACACACGCUAUGCUCAUCUUUUAUGGUUUUCUAAUUCAUUAGUUGUGCACUGCUCAGAGUAGACACUUCAACGACAAAAAACACAGUGCAGAGAUUGCACAUAGUGGAAGGAGUGUUAGCUGGACAUUUGUUUUAUCCUCACUAAGUAGUUUAAUAGAUUCAAUCUUUGGAAUAACCAUAAAUAUGUAACAGUGCGUACUAAAGCAGUCCUGCAGAUCUUAUUGUAUCCUGCAUCUUUUUUUGAUUUAAAAAAAACAUCACAGGACAAAAAGAAUCAUUGGAUCAUAACCUACUAUUAACUGCAAAUGGUCUCCAGGCGCUCCAUCCCGUGUGCAUUUGGUUGUAACUGUCAAAGAUGAGAAUAUCUUUGUAUUAAGUACAGAUGGGUAAGUGUGGACUCCCGAAGUGUGGAACAUAACGCCCGCAGAGCGAACAAGACAUGCAGCAUGUUUCACACCAACAUUCAGUGACUUCUGUAACCCUUCAUUAUCCACGUGUGGACUUGUUUCUUUCAUCGUACUGAUCUGUCUGACUUCAAGUUAAUUUUAAAAUUAUAUUUAAUAAAUAUCUGGUUCUUAUUGUC